AUGUAUUUUUCUUCUUUGCGCCCUUACAACCAUUUUCGUGUUUCUUUUCUUUUCUUGUUUUUAUGUAUUCAUCUGCCAAUGGCAAGAGAAGGCGGGCGACGGGGCUGUGGCUGUGGGCGAUCCGUACGGGAAAUGGCAGUUGUACCGGCAUUGAUACCCCGUUCGAUCCAGUCACCGCUUUAUCCCAUUCAUGCAGUACUGCGGCGGUUUGACCUUUUAGCAGGGUCGCAUAGCAGUGUGGUGCUGCAGUGUAUUGGUCCCCUGCCACCAAAAUCGCUCCUUUACCCACCGUCUAUGUCAGCUGAACGCAUGGAACUUGUCUUGUUUCCGUGUCAACUGGGAGAGCCCACGCGGCCCAUUGGAUGGCCCCCGGCCACGUCACAUGAAUGUACCGUGAUGGUGAAUCAAACGUACGUGACGGAUGAGUUCCCACGCUGUCCGACACGUAGUGCGAGCCAUCGCACGCUUGCAGGGCUGCCACUGUCAUUAUACCUUCGGUUAAGAGAGGAUGGCUGUAUUGAUACAGGGGCGCCGCUUAAACUUGUGGUCACAAGUAAAGCAAAGUGGGCAGCGACGUUCUUGUUGGCGUGGUGCGGGGCGAAUGACAUCUGCACAUUAGUGACGGAUGUUGUCGCAAGGCUGCAGCGUUCGGAGUCAACGUGCAGUUGGUCAAAUUUGCCUUCUUCUUUUUCUUCCUUGUCAUCUCCGGAAGAUGAUGGCAGUGAAGGCGGGAGCGACUCCGAUGUGGAUGUUGACAGCGGAUGGGUGGAGGAAAUGGAUUGUGGGGAUACGAAAGCCAAUUUUAAUAACAAUGAAUCUAAGAGACGGGGUGAUAACAAGAAGACGUCAUCAUCGGCGUCGCUUGGAGCGAUGAUUGUGGUGGAUGAUGAUGACGAGGAGGAGGGCCUCAUGAAUGAUGGCGAGGCGAUUGUGACGCUGCGCUGCCCGCUGAGUUACCAGCGAAUACGGGUUGCGGGAAAAGGAAAACACUGCGUCCACCUGGCCUGCUUUGACGUUGUGACAUACCUGGAGUCGUCCCUUCGCAGCAGCACGUGGAACUGCCCCAUCUGCGAUGGACCCGUUUUUAUUUACGAUGUGCGCUCCGACAGGACAAUGCAGUCUGCCCUGGACGCGUUGGAUGCUGAUGAAGACACUGUUGUCUUGUUUGGACCGGGACACUGUCAGUGGCGUGCCGCACGUCAACAGAAAUUCGCUCCCGUGAGUGCAACGGAUAACAAUGACAGCUGCAAGGGUAUGUGCGUGACGAGGGAGACAAAAUGUAAUGGCGAGAAGGGGCGGCAGCGCCAGCCGCAGUUGCGUGUUGUGGAUGAAAAUGGAGAGACGGAGGAGAUGGGCGAUGACGCGGAAUUUGUCGGCACGGCGAUGAUGAACAGCGGCCAAAAACGUCCCCGGCAUGAAAAAGUUUUAAGGCCGUCUCUUUAA